AUGGAGACCCUUCCAGCCUCCUCCUGCUCGCUGGUUCUCCUGGAAAACACAGAAAAGAGCCCCCUUCUUAUGUCCAAUGGUGGCAGUCACCCUCCUGCGGCAGCUGCUAAUGUCAGCCUCGUGGAAGGUUCUGGAGAAGGUGGUGGUGGAGCUUGUGUUGGUCUGGACAAGAAAGGGGGCGUGGUCACAAGGCCUAAGCCGGGAUACCCUGAGCGUGAGACAUGGACCCGGCAGAUGGACUUCAUCAUGUCCUGCGUGGGAUUCGCUGUGGGACUCGGCAACGUGUGGAGGUUCCCGUACCUGUGCUACAAGAACGGAGGAGGCGUCUUCCUGAUCCCGUACAUGCUCAUCGUCUUUGUCGGUGGAAUCCCCAUCUUCUUCCUGGAGAUCGCUCUGGGACAGUUCAUGAAGGCCGGCAGCAUCAAUGUCUGGAACAUCGCUCCGCUCUUUAAAGGUCUCGGUUACGCCUCCAUGGUCAUCGUGUUUUUCUGUAACACCUACUACAUCAUGGUGUUGACCUGGGCCUUCUACUACCUGAUAAAGUCUUUUAACUCCGUCCUCCCGUGGUCAACCUGUGACAACGUAUGGAACACGCCCAGCUGCAUCGAGGCCUUUCAUCAUCAGCAAUGCAGAAACAGCAGCCUCGCCAACAUCACCAUCGCCAACAACAUGACCUGUGACGACCUGGCCAACUCGCGGUCGCCCGUCAUUGAGUUCUGGGAGAACAAGGUGCUGAACAUCUCGCCGGGUCUGGAUGUUCCUGGGAGCUUCCACUGGGAGCUCAUGCUGUGUCUGAUGUUCGUCUGGGUUCUCGUUUACUUCUGCGUCUGGAAGGGAGUCAAAUCCACCGGGAAGAUUGUGUACGUCACAGCCAUCUUCCCCUACGUGGUCCUGGUCAUCCUGCUGGUCAGAGGGGUCACUCUACCCGGCGCCUACGACGGCAUCAUGUACUUCAUCAAACCUGAUUGGUCCAAACUGCAGGAGGCUCAGGUGUGGAUAGACGCCGGGACUCAGAUCUUCUUCUCCUACGCCAUCGGACUGGGAGCUCUGACAGCGCUGGGCAGCUACAACCGAUUCACAAACGACUGCUACAAAGACGCUUUCAUCUUGGCUCUGAUCAACAGUGGAACCAGUUUCUUUGCUGGUUUCGUUGUGUUUGCUAUUCUGGGCUUCAUGGCCAAUGAGCAGGGAGUCGACAUCUCACAGGUCGCUGAGUCAGGUCCAGGUCUAGCGUUCAUUGCGUAUCCGAAGGCCGUGAGUCUAAUGCCGGUGGCUCCGCUGUGGGCGGCGCUCUUCUUCCUCAUGCUGCUGCUGCUAGGGCUGGACAGUCAGUUUGUCGGCGUUGAGGGUUUUGUGACUGGAAUCCUGGAUCUGCUCCCACAAUACGACCAUCGAUACAAAAGGGAGAUCUCCGUGGCGAUAUGCUGUUUACUGUGCUUCAUUAUUGAUCUCUCCAUGGUGACACAGGGAGGGAUGUACGUCUUCCAGUUGUUUGACUACUAUUCGGCCAGUGGAAUGACUCUGUUGUGGCAAGCAUUCUGGGAAUGCAUAAUAGUUGCCUGGGUCUACGGUGCUGACCGCUUCAUGGACGAUGUGGCUCGUAUGAUUGGCUACCGCCCUUGUCCCUGGAUGAAGUGGUGCUGGUCCUUCAUCACUCCAUGUGUCUGCCUGGCUAUCUUCCUGUUCCACCUAAUCAACUACAAACCUCUGACCUACAACAACGUGUACGUGUACCCAUGGUGGGGCGAGGUGAUUGGCUGGUGUAUGGCUUUGUCCUCCAUGCUCUGCAUCCCCGUCAGUGUCCUCUACAAACUGUUCAGAGCCAAGGGAACAUUCAAAGAGCGCUGGGCCCACCUGACCACUCCGGUGUGGGGGGCCCAUCACCUGGAGUAUAUGGCCCCCGACGUCAAAGACCUGGCGCUGAUCUCACCCGGCACCGACGACAUCAUCAUCUUAAGAGAGUGUCAUGUAGUCUGGGCUCCACCAAUCCCAGAGCUGUGA